AUGUUGUUUCUUGUUUCGUUUAUCCUUCUUCUACAGUUGGCCUCUCUCUCGGUUAGUGAGAACCCUGGUUCUUGUAUCUCAGGAGCUGGCGGUCAAGGCCAUGCAAACUACCAGAUAUGCUGUCCAACCGCUGGAGCGACCGGGGUUGAGAUGCUGGAUACUGGACGUUUUCGUUAUACCUGUAAUGCAUGGAUGAGUGGGUACGAUACCACCUCUCGUACUGCUCAUACUGCUGCAACAUGUGCGCGGCUCUGCCUUGAUGAUGAAAAGUGCAGGGCAAGUACCUGGAUGAGUUCCCAGUCUCGUUGCUUCCUGACCCGUACAGCGGAAGCACACACCAACACCGACGAGUACAGUACAGGGUACCUAGCCCUGGAAAAGCUAGCAGGUCAGGAUCUUGACCAAGCCUGCCAGUCGCGUGUUGAUGCUGCCAAUCAGGCCGCGCAGGAGAGCGUGGCAGCGGCCAACAACGCGUGCCGGAUCAGUGUCGCAGCGGCAAAUACGGCUUGCGAGACCCGCGUCGAUGCCGCCAAUCGAGCUGGCCAAAUCCGUGUUGAUGCGGCAAACGAAGCGUGCAGGACGAGCGUUGAUGCAACGGUGGCCUCAUUACAGACACAGAUUAAGUCGUGUAUUAGCUUCACGGACGAGAUCUAUAAUCAAGCCGACCCAACCGGCAAGACGCAAGACGACGUACCAUUGGAAGAGUUUCAAACAGUGACGAUUGAAGAUCGUACAUACAGGGUUUAUUAUCAUCAAAGCACGCUGGCUGAUGCUCCAGUAUAUGAGAGCCGGGAUAUCAACUCGUUGGCGGCUUGCCUUAAGUUAUGUGACGAUGCCGAACGGAGCGGAUGUGUACGAGUGAAUUACGAACCCGGACAACGCAAAUGCCGGCUUUUCAAUGGGUCGACCAAUCGUGAAAUCUACCGCUCUCACAACAACCACAUGAUCUGGCGCGUCUGA